AUGCGUUCUUUCGUCGCCUUGGCGGCUCUCGCCCUCUCGGGCAGCUUCGACCUUGCUGCCGCCGGUCCUUGCAGACCUAGCAACACUGUGUCUACCUCUGCUACUGGCUCUGCCACCGAGACAUCCUCUGGUGCCACUUCGUCCUCUACCGAAACCACUGGUCCUCGCAUCAUCAAGAACAUCUGCCAGAACGGUGGCUUCCAUGACCUCGACCCCGAGGAUCCCAGCAACGUCCCCAACUUCACCACUGAGGGCGGUGCUGAGGGCAGCACGACUGGAGGCUACAAGGGUGAUGGAAGCAACGACAACAACUGCGUCAAGUUCACCGUCAGCUCGACUCCCACCAAGCACAAGCGAGCUGUCGGCGACACGGCCAGCCUGAGCCAGGAGCUGUCCGACCUCAACACCGCGACUCCCUACACGGUUCGCUUCUUCUACUUCAUCCUCACUGCCCCUACCGAGCAGAACAUCUGCACACUCGAGGGUUUCAUUGGCUCUCAGCAGUUCUUCACCACCUUCAUCUACAGCACCGGUACCGCUGCUUUCUACAACACCGCCCUGGUGUCCACCAACGUCCCCUCCUCGGUGGCUCCUCUUUCCAUCCGCGCCAGCUGCUCGUCUGGUGGUAUUGCUGCCCUCUUUGUCGACUCCAUCUUCAUGUCCAACCAGGUCACUCCCCAGAACAUCAACGACUACAGACUUGACUUUGGUGAUGGUGAUAUCCGUGAGCCUGUCUCUUCUCCCACCACUGUGGCCACCACUCAGGAGGCUACCACUCAGUCCGCCACCGAGACUGGUACUGAGACGGCCACCGAGUCUGGCUCUGCUACCGAGACUGCCACAGGCUCUGCCAGUGAGUCCGCUACCGAGACUGAGACCGGUACUGAGUCGGCCACUGGCACCGAGACCGCCUCUGAGACCGAGACUGCCUCCGAGACUGAGACUGCCACCGAGUCCGCUACCGAGACUGGUACUGAGACGGCCACUGAGUCUGGCUCUGCUACCGAGUCGGCCACUGGCACUGAGUCUGCCACAGAGACUGCCUCCGAGACUGCUACCGAGUCCGCUACCGAGACUGAGUCUACUACUGAGACCGCCACUGAAUCCUCUACCGAGACUGGCACCGAGACCGCCUCUGAGACUGCUACUGAGUCUGCCACUGAGACCGAGUCGACCACUGGCACCGAGACUGCCAGCGAGACUGGUACUGAAUCCUCUACCGAGACCGCCACCGAGUCUGCCUCUACUACUGAGUCUGCCUCCGCCACCGAGUCUACCACCGAGUCCGGUUCCACCACUGAGGGUGCCUCGACUACCGAGACUGCCUCUGCCUCUGGUUCUACCACCGAGACCGCCUCUGAGACCGCUACCGAGACCGAGACUGCUACUGAGACGGCCACUGAGUCUGGUUCUACCACUGAGACCGCCUCUGCUACCGAGUCCGCCUCCACCACCGAGACUGCCUCCGAGACUGCCUCUACUUCUGAGACUGCCUCUGAGUCCGCCUCUACCUCCACUGAGGCUGGUUCUACUACAGAGACUGCCUCUACCACUGCCUCGGAGUCUGCUUCCACCUCUACUGAGUCCGGCUCCACCACGGAGUCUGCCUCCACAACCGAGAGUGCCUCUACUACUCAGUCCGCUUCCGAGUCUGCCUCUACCUCCACUGAGUCGGCCUCUGAGACUGCUUCCACCACUGCCUCUGAGACCGCCUCUUCUUCCACUGAGACUGCCUCUACCACUGCCUCGGAGUCUGCUUCCACCUCUACUGAGUCCGGCUCCACCACGGAGUCUGCCUCCACAACCGAGAGUGCCUCUACUACUCAGUCCGCUUCCGAGUCUGCCUCUACCUCCACUGAGUCGGCCUCUGAGACUGCCUCUACCACUGCCUCAGAGACUGCUUCUUCCUCGACCGAGUCUGCCUCUUCCACUGAGUCUGCCUCCUCGACUGAGUCCGGCUCUACCACCGCCUCUGAGACUGCCUCUACCACUGCUUCUGAGACCGCCUCCACCACUGACUUCACCACCACCACCACCACUGCUGAGUCUACCACCACCACUGCCGAGUCCACCACCACCAGCGAUGCCCCUGCUUGCUACACCGCCGACGUUGUUGACGCUGGUGGCUUCGAGGGUGACGAGGCCUUCACCUACUGGACCUUCAAGGGCAAGUCCGGCGUCGUCGACAACAAGGCCAACCGACCCAGCCACUCUGGUGACAGCUCUGCCUUUGUCCGCUGGCCCCAAGGCAACAAGAAGGCCAGCUUGACUCAAACCGUCACCGGCCUCGUCCCCGGCGCCACCUACACCCUCGGCUACUGGUACCACGUCGCCAAGGGCGAUCACCUCCCCUUCUACGAGUGCGACAUCCUCGUCCGCUUCGACGGUGUCAACUUUGACGACUUUGACCCCUUCUACGACGCCAACGCCUGGAACACCUACGUCCAGCGCUACAACACCGUCGUCCCCUCUAGCGACACGGCAGUCCUGUCGCUCGAGCUGUCGUGCAAGAACAACCCUGACGCCUUUUACAUCCAGCUGGAUGAUAUCCAUCUCAACCGUGUCUGCCCCAGCGGCGGUGACGAUGAGGAGGAGGAGGCUGAGUAG